UUGUUGCGUCGCGUCGCUGGAGGACGCAGGUGAGUUAAUCCUCCGCGCGCCGAGAUUCGCGGCUCUGACACGACGCGCUCAGGAAUCCCUGCACUAUUAACAUGACUUCCGCGAAUCAGACUGGAGCAGAGCGCGGAUGUUCCGACCUCGAGACUGCAGAUGGAGGAACACAUGAUACUCACGCUACACACGAGCGACGCGACACGCAGCCUGGGUCAGAUGCGGGUUUCAUGGAUCAAGAAGGGCCUGCAUUUUCAGCCAAGGAAAAGGAGUCAGAUUUUUUGGCUCAUGAGUUCAUCCCAUCUUCAUCGCACACUUCAGGAUCAGGCCAGCACAUUUGCGAGGGGUUCAAAUAUCUCACUCAAGAGGGACUAGAGCCAGACGUCAAGACCACCGCCACACCAAAACCAGCUCAGGCCUUCACAGAUGAGUCCGCGGCUAGUCAAACUCAAGGUCAGGGGCUGCAUCCCACUGGGAAACCCCAAGAACCAGAACCUGAACAGAUCCUGGAGGACAAGAGGUCCGAUCAGGAGGAUCUAAAGCGAUAUGAUGAGACUUUCAGGACACAGAGAAGCUGUGAAUAUGAGCCAGAGGAAGGGAUGCCAGCCGUGGUGGUCACACAACCUGAAGAGGUCUCAUCAGACCAGGCGGAGGACAUACAUUUAUCUGUGAUGUUUGAGGACAUGAUUCACAGUGAUUCCAGUCGCAAUGCGAGUCCCAGCAAUGGCACUGAACUCAGCAGCAGCGACCUGCUGUCCUUAAAGAGUGACACCGUAUCUCUGCUCAGUGAAGCGGCCAUCUAAUGCAAAAGUGAUGAACAGGAGGGACCUGAGGAAGACACUCGGAGCGUCGCCGCAUCUUCAGUUAUGUCACUGUUUCAUCGGGUACAGAUGGACCCCAUUGAGAAAGAGUGGCUGCGUUGUGCAGCGCUGGGAAACGCUACUACCCUGUACCUGCUUCUACAACAGGACCCUACACUUGUCUCCAAAAAGGACUUUGUCACCGGGGUAAGUAUGCUCUCUAAGAGUCGUUUUUGUUAUAUCAAGUUUGUUAGUGGUGUUUGCUAAGGCAAGCCUUCCCAUGGUGGAGGAGAGACCCGAGUUAUAUAAAAGGACCAGAAUAUCUGAGAGACUUUUGGGUGGGCUCUUUUGAUUUAGGCCAGUAAGCAACCACAAAGACUACGCUAGCAACAACAUAGCAACAUACUAAAAACCAUCCAGAAUACCUCCAGUGCCCUGGUGACCACCCACAAUACCCUAACGUAGGUGUCAAACAUUUUAAUGCCAAGGACCCCCAUAUAUGAUGAUCCCUAAUAGUUUGUUCACACCAAAGCGAAGCGAAUAUUCAUGUGAGAUGUUUUUUUGUGUCAUUUACGUGAAUACAAACAUAAUAAUGCUCUCCCUCCAUUUUUUUUUUUGAUACAACUGGACGUGUCAAACCAGACGCGUCAUUAAGCUCUUCACUGAUUGACUUGCGCGACAACGCGUCAUGCGAAUCUCCUGCUCGUGUUAAAAUUUUUCAACUUGCGUGGAAGACCGAUUGAGGCGAAUAUCACCUGUUUGCAGCAAUCAUGUUGCCCAAUUCGCCACGUCAUCUGGCGCAAAUUUGCGGCUAUUUGCGUCUUUGCAUUGACUUUGUAAUCUACUAGCGCAAAUAAUUUAAUUCUCAAUUUUUUCACAGUUUGAAAAAGUGUGGUAAAACUUGCACAGUUUGUUGGCGCCAAUCAACUUGUGGGCAGACAUGCAGCGCUGUUGUGCUUCAGCGUCCCGAGUUCAAGUCCUGACUUAUGGACAUUUAUCACUUUUCAUCGAUCUUUAUUAAUUCAAGCUUUGCCUAUGUUUUCAGGAGCACACAAUCUAAUAAUGAGAGAAACCAGUGUUAAUAUAUGAAAACAUGGUCAUGGUGGUUUACACCUUCAGGCAUCUUCAUGCAGGAGUUGAGCACUCUUGUUCAACAUUAAUAAUUGCAAUGAUGAGGUAUUUAAUUCAUGUUAAUUUGUGUGUCUGGUAUGCGGCCCUCUCUAUACGCACAGGCAGCCAAAUUAUCAUUGUGUCUAAUUAUAGUGUAAUGACACGGCAAUUAUUAGUUUAACAAACAGGCAGCGCUCCAGCCGCCUCGGGGCGGACAUGCACCUCUCUGCAUCUCUCAGCCAGUAGGAGUGGAGGAUUGAGCUACUGUGGUAUAAAAGGAUUAAAUUCAUGCUUAAGUUUUAGGAUAAGGAAGGCUCUUUACCUCUUUUUAUUGGCCUUUUGUAUGUUUACAAAAAAAAAUUCACAGUGUUGCAGCGUAAAUGUGGUGGGAUUUUAACAGUUUUCUGAGAUGAGAGGUAAAACAUACCUUAAAAAGUCAGCAAUGUUUUGUUUCUUUUUUAAUUCUUAUGGCUUAUGAAAGCCGACAGAGGGCUUGUUCUCAUCUGCUAGUGUAAGAUAUGCUAUGUACUAUACACAAACCUUUUAAGGCAGCACCUAACUGAAAUGGACCUUCAUAAGAGGGAAUUUAUUAAUCUACUCAAGCAGAAACUCUGUAUCAUACAAAUAGACCUCCUUGCUCAAAACACACUGUAGACCGAGUUCAAUAGAGUUUAAUGCUAGCAUGUCUAGUAACACUUGAUACUCUAAAGGAGUGCUGUAGGGGUGGCGUAUUUUUGUAGGCCAAAUCCAGAAACGAGUUAUAAUUUUAGUACUUCUGGUUUCAUUGACACUUUUUUUUUUUUAAUGGGAUUUUGGUUAAUUGCCUGAAAUAAGACAUUGAAGUCAUGUGACUGUAGCAUAGUUACUUCAGUUGCGUUUAGCUUUUUACUUCUAACAAUUAAGUUUAGGUUUCAAAAUUUAUAAAAGUUAAUAAAUAAAAUAAAAUAACCCAAAAGCCAGUGGAAAAAUCCUAUUAGGUUUUUGUCGAGGGGACCAGGGUGAUGCUAACUUACUUCAAAAAUCCAUUACUGCAGUGCUCUAUAAUAUAAUACAAUACAUAGCACAUACAAAUAUUGAGUAAAAU